AUGGCGUUCAGCCCCCCCGAGCUGCCGCUGCACUCGCCAUGGACCUUCUGGCUGGACAAGUCACUUCCUGGUACAACAGCGGCUGAAUGUGCAUUAAAUUUGAAGAAGAUUUAUACAGUACAAACAGUGCAGGAUUUCUGGAGUGUCUACAACAACAUUCCUCCCGUGACAAACUUGCUUCUGAGAUGUAGCUACCAUUUAAUGCGGGGAGAAAGGCGCCCGCUUUGGGAAGAAGAAAGCAAUGCCAAAGGAGGUAUAUGGAAAAUGAAGGUCCCCAAAGAAAGUACGGCUGCAGUUUGGAAAGAGCUUCUGCUAGCAACUAUUGGAGAGCAAUUUACAGAUUGUUGUGCAGCAGAUGAUGAAGUAGUAGGGGUAAGUGUCAGUGUUCGUGACCGUGAAGAUGUUGUUCAAGUCUGGAACAGGAAUUCCUCUUCAGCAAGUGAAGCAAAAGUUGUAGAAAAGAUUCAUAAACUUCUCCCACACACAUCUUUUAAAGUGGUUUUUUAUAAAUCCCACAGAGAGCACCAUGCUUUUGAAGGCUGAUGUGGAAAGCAUUGAAUGCAUUAUAUGCCAAG